AUGCUGAGAACGGCACAUAUCGCGAAAUCCGCGAGACAAAUGCGGUGUGGGAGCUGGUACGGGGCUCUCACGGGGCUCAGAGCCUCUGGGAGUCAUCCAUACCGGUUUAUAACGAGCCAGACGGCGACAAAGAUCAGCACGACGGCGAAACGCCUCGGACUUGAAGACGUUAAUCCUCUCGUUCUGGACGCUAAAUACGCUGUUCGUGGUCCGAUUCCGCAACGGGCCGAAGAAUUGAAACUGCAAAUCGAGCAAAAACCGGGUUCUCUGCCCUUCGACAGGAUUAUCAACGCUAACAUUGGCAACCCGCAGCAGCUUGACCAACGUCCUUUGACCUUCUACCGUCAGGUCCUAUCUCUUUUGCAGAACCCAGAGGCCAUAACGAAGGUGCCAGAGUCCACUUUGCUCCAACUUUACAGCCCUGACGCCGUGCAUCGCGCGCAGAAGCUCUUGGCCCAAGCAGGUGGCUCCGUAGGCGCAUACUCUCACUCUCAAGGUGUAAGAGGGUUUCGCGAAACUGUGGCCGAUUUUAUCACCCAGAGGGACGGGGAGCCUGCAUCUGCAGACGACAUUUUCCUAACGGGUGGUGCGUCGGCUGCAGUCACAAACAUUCUUUCCGUUCUCUGUAAGGGCCCCGAAUCGGGAGUCCUCAUUCCUAUCCCUCAGUAUCCUCUAUACACCGCGACUUUGGCGUUGAAUAAUUCAACUGCGCUUCCAUACUAUUUGGAUGAAAAGUCCGGCUGGUCGACUGACCCAGAGCAAAUUGAAGAAAUAGUGCAGCAGGCAAUCAGCUCAGGUGUGAAACCAACAUGUCUCGUCGUCAUCAACCCAGGUAACCCUACGGGCGCUAUCCUUACCCCAGAUUCAAUUGAGGGCAUCCUUGGGAUUGCCGCCAAAUAUGGUAUUGUGGUCAUUGCAGAUGAAGUCUACCAAGAGAACGUUUUCGACAACGUCGAAUUCUUUUCAAUGAAGAAAGUCUUGAGAGUGCUGCAGAAAACCAAGCCUGGUCAGUUUGACAACGUGCAAUUGGCUUCUCUGCACUCGACUUCCAAGGGUGUCUCGGGAGAAUGCGGACAAAGAGGUGGAUACAUGGAACUCGUGGGAUUUAGCGAUGAGCUCAGGCAAGUCUUCUUGAAACUUGCCUCCAUUUCGCUUUGUUCUGUGGUCACUGGCCAGGCAUUGGUCACUUUAAUGGUGAACCCACCUAAGAAAGGAGAGUUUUCGUUUGAACAAGAUCAGCGUGAGCGUAAUGCCAUUGCAAGUGCGCUUAACGAGCGGGCCACAAAGCUUCACAGCAUGUUUGAAAGUCUAGAAGGUAUUUCAUGCCAGAAGCCACAAGGCGCAAUGUAUCUGUUCCCUAAACUCGAAUUGCCUAAGAAGGCUCUGGACAAGGCGAGGGAACUCGGUUGCACUCCAGAUGAAUUUUACUGCAAGGAACUAUUAGAAGCUACUGGCAUUUGCACAGUACCUGGAUCUGGCUUUGGUCAAGUCGCUGGCACUCAUCACUUGAGAACUACUUUCCUAGCCCCGGGCACUGAUUGGAUCAGCUCUUGGGAAAAAUUCCAUAGAGACUUCUACGACACUUACCGCGAUUGA